CGGACAUUAAGUGGCACUUCAUAGGCCGGAUUCAAUCCAAUAAAAUAAAAAAGCUUACCGGUAGUUAUUCACCUUUAUCUUACGUCUUAAGGAGUUAACAAUCUAUACAUGGUAGAAUCUGUGGACUCAAUGGACCAUGCUGAGAUUCUUAAUUUAUCAUGGGGGUUAAACCAUCAGAUCCCUCUAAACAUAAUGAUUCAGGUGAACACAAGUGAAGAGCCUCAGAAGAGUGGCAUCAAACCCACUGAAGUUAAUAAUCUGUACAAUCAAAUUGAAGCAAAAUGUCCUAACUUAAAAGUCGUUGGUCUUAUGUGCAUUGGAAAAGAAGGAGUGGAUAUCAAUUCAGGUCCAAAUCCGGACUUUGUGGUUAGUAUUUUGGUUAACUUAUAUUUCAGAAACUUGUACAAUGCAGAGAGUUACUGGCCUCUUCUUUGGGGAAAUCGCCGUUGGAUUUUGAACUAAGUAUGGGAAUGUCUCACGAUUUUGAGCAGGCUAUACGACUUGGAAGCACUAACGUCCGCAUAGGAACGGCAAUAUUUGGGCAGCGAGACUCGAAAUACGUACCCAGACAGGAUACCUCUGCAAACAAUCAAACUCCCAUUUGAUAUUCUAUCAGUUUUGUUAAAACUGUCAUUAUUUGGCUUUCAUCACUUCACGUAGCCAGUUUUUUGCAUAUUGUUGAACCCGUUUUG